AUGGUGGAUGUGGAUGUGGCCCAGCCCAAUCCCAAGCCGGAGCUGCUGCAGCUGCUUCCGGACCUCGAGGAGGAAGCUAUCAAGGAGGUGGUGGUGGUGCAGCUCACGCGGUUCAGGUGCGGCUCCCUCGCGGUGGGGUUCGCCCGCAACCACGCCGUCGCCGACGGGCGCGCCACCAGCAACUUCCUCGUCGCGUGGGGACGUGCCACCAGGGGUCUCACUAUGGGCCUCCCGCCCAUGUACAAGUACAACCACCUCGACCUAUUCCAGCCCCGCCUGACCUCUCACUGCAUCAACGAGUUGGAGUUGGAGUUCGACCACCGCAAUCGCGAGUACUACCUUCCACCACCGCCGGCGCCGGUGCCCACAGCGACCGCCGCCGACAAGAAGGUGAUCGUUGUACACAAGGCGCACUUUAGCAAGGACUGGAUCGCCGGCCUUCGCGACACCACCUCACAAGGGCGGGACCGCCCGUUUACCCGAUUCGAAACUAUUCUCGCCCAGCUGUGGCGCGCCAUGACACGGGCGCGGGGACUCUCACACGACGACAUCUCCACGGUGCGUAUCUCGGUGGACGGCCGCAGCCGCCUCGGCAUGCCGGCGGAGUAUGCCGGCAACCUAGUCCUCUGGGCGUUCCCGCGCGCCAGGGUGUCCGACCUGCUGGGACAACCGCUGAGUCACGCCGCGCAGCUCAUCCACGACGAGGUGGCUAGGGUGGCGGACCCGGCCUACUUCCGGUCGUUUGUGGACUUUGCCACCUCCGGCGUUGUCGAGCAAGAAGGACUUGCGCCGAGCUCCGAGAUCAACAUGAGGGACGUGCUGUGCCCAGACUUGGAGGUGCACAGCUGGCUCACCUUUCAGUUCUACGACAUGGACUUCGGCACGGGCACCCCAACGUACGUCAUGCCGUCCUACAUCCCGGCGGAAGGGCUUAUCUUCCUUGCGCCGUCCUACAUCGGGGACGGCAGCAUCGACGCCUUCGUGCCUGUCUUCCAGGACAACCUCGAGGCCUUCAAGCAGUGUCUCUACUCCAUCGAUCACCAUGACAAAGAGUAG